AUGAUAACUAGCAAGAUCGAGGAAUUGAAAGAACUGAUUGAGGGGUCUAGAAGUAAAGGCAAGGAACGACGAUGCACGUAUAAAGACUUCAUGGCGUGCAAUCCUGCAACGUAUGAUGGUAAAAUUGACCCGAUCGCAUGCCAAAGAUGGAUUUCAAACAUAGAAGCGGUAUUUAUACGAAGUCGAUGUGAUAAGGAAGAUCAGGUGAUGUUCGCUACUGGCCAACUCACUCUUCAGGCGAAAGAUUGGUGGGAUGCGCAUAGCAAGGAAACAGGGGAAGAUAGACUCCAAAUGAUGACCUGGCAAGAAUUUAAGGAGCCCUUUAUGAGAUACAAUUGCCCUCAGUCGGCUAUUGAUAAGAUUCAGGAGGAUUUCUUGCGCCUCCGACAGAAAAACGAGUCAAUACAUGAAAUAUCAAAUAUUUUCAUGGAUAAGAUGAAGUUCUGUGGGGAUUUCAUGAAGACUGAAAGGAUGAAGAUCAAUCGCUUCUACGGGGUAUUAAAGGCGGAAUUUAGGGAAUUCAUCACUCCCUCGAAAUGUGAGACCCUUGAUGAACUUAUCAAUCUGGCACGAGAUAGAGAAAUUGAAAUUAAGAGACAAGAAGAACGCGGCGAAAAGAGAUUAAGUGAAAAAGGUGCGAGUUCGAACCCGUCUAAAAAGGGGAAGUAUCAAGAGCAAGGAAGGAAAGAUAAGUCGAAGGGUGGUAUUACGCCUUGCAAGACCUGUGGAAAACUUCAUACUGGAGAAUGUUUGUUAGGCAAGAAGGGGUGCUACAAAUGUGGUAAGGAGGGACAUUCAUCUUAUCAAUGUCCAAAUAACCCGAAGACUUGCUUCAAUUGCUUUGAAAGGGGACACAUCAAAUCGGAAUGCCCAAAACUCCAGCAAGAGUCAAAGAAAGAAGAUAAGAAGCAAGAGGGUUCUAGGGCUAAAGGGAGGAUGUUUCAAAUCACAUCCGAAGAAGCCAAGGCCCAACCGAAUGUGGUCUCAGGUAUCUUUCUAUUAAACUCCAUACCGGUUUAUGUUUUUUUUGAUACCAGAGCCACUAUGUCGUUUAUUUCUAAUGAAAUCGUACAACAUCCUUCAUUUAAGAUUGAACGAUUGUCGAUGCCUCUAGAAGUAGAAAUAGCCGAUAGUAAGAUCUAUAUGUUACACGAGAUAUGUAGAAAUUGA